GUAAAUUGAAGCAAGGCCACAUCCGGGUCAGGCCGCGCCCCCUCCGCACCUGUUCGACGGCGCAGCAAACAUGGACCAAGUGGACUCGAAAGCCGACGACGAAUGCGCUGAACACGCGCCUCCACACAUGCGCGUGGUGCACUUGAACGUGGGGGGCCAAAGGUUCUGCACCAGCGUCGGCACGCUCACCAAGUACCCCGAGUCCAAGCUGGCCGAGUGGUUCUGCGGGCCGCCGAAGCUCCCCAAGGAUGCGCAGGGGCAUUACUUCCUGGACCGCCACGGGGAACACUUUGGGGCCGUCCUGGAGUUCCUCAGGUCCGAACGACUGCCCGUCCACGACAUCCCGCAGGUUCACAAGGAGUCGUUGCACUACAACCUCACGGCGCUGGCCAAGCGUUUGGAGGAGAGUCCCGUGCUCUUUGGCGAGAUGGUGGGCCGCCAGCAGUUCCUGGCCAGAGUGCCGCACUACAAGGAGAACAUUGAGGUUUUGAUCCGCAUCGCCCGGGCGGAGGCGGUGGCUUGCCGCCGCUCGACCAUGGUGGUCUGCGUUCUGCGCACGGAGGAGGACUUGGCUUGCUACGACAACGCUAUCGGCAGCCUGCGGGCCAACAAGGACUCGGUGGUGACCUUUGGACCUUGGAACACGGGGCCCACCGCCGCCGACUUGCUGGACUGCGUGCAGAAGGACAUCCGGAGUCAGGGCUACACGGUCCACGUCCAGCCUUACGUCAUGGAGAAGAACUUCUUGGCGCGGAGCUAUGACUUUUUCCACACGCUCACCUUCACCUGGUGGUGACGGCCGGCACGGCUCAAGCCGCCUUUAUUCGUGCUGCGAUUUAGGCCAAAUCUUGCCUCCUCCUCGCAUGUGCAAAGGGGCUCAAGGGCCCAUCGAGUGAGACGUUGAUCGGAAACGUUGAGUGAGGGCAAAUGGGAAGAAAAUAAAAGCUGUUCUGAAUGCUGAA